GGUCUCAUUCUCUUUUCUCCCUCCAUCUCUUCUCCUUUCUCCAUCCCUUGCUCUCUCGGGACCCCUCACGUAUACUGACCUGCGGGGAGAUCGGAGAGAGAUCAUGCUGUCCGUACUGGCACUGACCUCCGUGGUGCUCUUGGGCAUAGCCUCUCAGAGCACGGCUCUAGUGGUGAACACAGACUCGGAGAAACAUGCAUUGGUGGGCUCAGAUGUCAGACUCUCCUGCUCUUUCUUCUCCUGGCAGUGGACUUCUCCAGAAGUGUCCUUUACAUGGCAUUACCGUCCAGAUGGGGCUAAGGACGCAAUCUCAAUUUUCCACUAUGGAGGUGGAGAAGCUUAUCCAGCUAAUAAAGGCCCAUUCCAAAACCGCCUGGAGUUUGUGGGCAACCCUAGUCGCCGUGACGGUUCUAUCCUGAUCAAGAACCUUGAUUUCGGAGACAAUGGAACCUUCACCUGUGAUGCCAAGAACCCACCUGACAUCGGCGGCCACCCCUCAACCAUUCGGCUGCUGGUGUUUGAGAAGGUUCCAGUGCAGGCUGGUGUGAUAACGGGCUCCAUUAUUGGUGUAGUGUUGGGACUGCUGAUCCUCGUUGUGGCAAUUUACUAUCUGAUGCGCUUCCUGGUGGCCAGAAGGGUGUUCAGCUUGAGCAUGAGCAAACAUGGCAAGAAAGGCAAAGGAAAAGAAGGAUCACAGCAAAAACAGCGUAUCUGACACCCUUUUUCUGGUCAUUUUUCUACUUUCACAUGUAUAAAUUCAUCUCAUCAUCUGAUACACUGGUGCUAUUACUUCCUGUAGGCCGGCCCCCAAAAGUAGCCUCCCAUCCCCACCCUUCAUUUACUGAGAGCUAAAUAUAUAGCACUAGUAUUUUUAGUCACACACACUUUUUAGUCUCACUUUUUAAAAUUCCAUUACAGUCAAAGAGAAUUCCUUCUUUCGGAAACACACACACUCACUAACACUCAUCUCAUGUAUCCCAUCACGCAGUUUUAAGUGCCUUCCCAAAGUACAUUUACAGCGAAUCUGGCUUAGUUUUUGCUCUGACAGCGUCGACUGAAAUACCCGAAAUGACGUUGAUACUGUUGGCAGCGAAACUCAAACAUGCUGUGAGAGUUACUUGACACUCUAAGCCAGAUUCUCACGUCUGUUGUCUGACAAGCAGCUGAUUAUUUUAAAGCACACUUGUAAUGGCAGAACGACCUCUGUCUCCAUUCUGCCCCUUAUUUUUUUAAGCCAAUGAGGGCCGGCUCCUAUGGAGGCACUGUCCCUCGACCUUCAUAUAUCAUUAGUAAAGCUCCAUCGCUCCAUCCCGAAUCAUAGUUUUACUUCACCUCUCUCUAAUUCUCCUCUAACUAUCAUAAACGCUCAUCCACCAGCUCCUCUUCUCAUUCCCUGUUUCUGCUGGUAUGGUGCUCUCUCCUGCCCCCCUGCUGCCCACAGGAGAAACAUUUACAUUCGGCCAGUCACAAAGACGUCAAUGCAAAAACAAAAAGUUAAUUUAACUAGCUCUCUGCAGACUAUGAGGCGCAUGUGUAUGUUUUUAUUCUGAUGAGAUGUAACCUGUCAACAUUAGGGGAACAAAACAACAUAAAGACGCCAUGUCAUUGUAAGUAAUGAAAAUCCUAUGACUGUUUGUGUGUCGGAAGCAGAAAUGUAAUAGAGUUUUAAUGAUGUUUAAUAAUGUUUCUGCACUUUCAUUUGACUGACGUGGCGGUGUUCAUGUGGCUGCUGCUUCACAACAGUGUUUACCAUCAGCUUGUUGGCUUGCUAAGUCCACAGGAAGUGAUGCAACGAGGGCAGAGAGGUUUUCGAGAGAGAUAUAAAUGAUGAAAUACCGGGUCGGAGACUUGGACUGAAUACAUAUUGAGGGGAAAAGUCAGGCCAAAGUCCAGUAAACAUUCUCACUGGAUGUGUUUUUGUGUCUUCAAGUCUUCGUGUCAACCCUGAGACCGAGAGGGGCUCUCAUCGGGAAAGUUUUAGAAUAGUGAGGGCUUGUGGGAAAUAUGUUUGUUACACUAGAGACAGAUGCUUUUUAUGCAUCUCAGAGUUGAGGUCGAGCAGCCACAUGGCUUCUGCCAUUAAACUGUGUUUAAAUAUUGGGGAAUCGCCAUGUUGUAUGUAUUGUGUGCCCCUGUAUUGGUAAAGGUCUAGGUAACCGUUCUCUCUUUAAACUCCAUUUAAAACGGCUAAUAAUUUUUUACUUUUAUUUUGACUUUAACCUCGCUAACAUUGGUUUUCUGUAAAAUGUCUUGUAAAAUGUAAAUGCUCAAGUUCAAAUAAUUUCAGAAAAAUGUCAAUAAAAAAAUCAGAUCCCU